AAGCUGAAAAACAUUUCUUUUUCAUUCUUCCUGUGGUCAGUUUGUGUUUGUUUUUUGUGUUUUCUUAAAUAUCUGCAAAUGUACGAACUACACGUGCUUCAAGUGUUGCUUUUAGCAGUGUUUGGCUAAAGAGAGAUAGGCAGACGGAAAGACAGAUCGGAUCAGACCUGAAGGCCAUGUCUCAGUUGUCUGCUGAAGAUGAGCUGGAGUUGCAGUCUCUGCUCAAGCAGCUUCUAAUAAGCAUCAGCGACAGGAUCUCUGGUGCCCCUUCAACAGAAUGUGCCGAAGAAAUCCUUCUUCAUUUGGAGGAGACGGACAAGAACUUCCACAACUAUGAGUUUGUCAAGUACCUCCGUCAGUAUGUGGACAGUUCCCUGGGGGCCGUCGUUGAGGAGGAAACCAAGAACCUGACCAGAGGAGGAGGACAACACGCCAUCGGCUCAGGCCAUGAUACCCUGAUUCACGCCAUCACCCGGAAAACCAGAGACUCCACAGAGUAUCUGCAGAUGAUUCAGACCUUGAAAAACUCCAUGAUCAUGGUGGUGGAGUCUUUAGUCAACAGGUUUGAGGAGGAUCGGCUGAAGAAGGAGGAAGAGGAGGAGGAGGAGAUGCAGGGAGCGAGGGAGAAGCAGUCCAGCAGCCAGUUCAUGGACAACUGCUCUGACAGCGACUCCUCCUUCAACCAGAGUUACGCCUUCCUCCGACAGGAGCAGCUGCAGGUCUUGGCUGAAAAACUGGACUCAAGCAAACCUAAAGAGGUGCGUUGGCAGGCCCUUCAGGCCCUCUGCUGUGCCCCUCCCUCAGACGUGCUGAGCUGUGAGAGCUGGAGCGGCCUCCGCAGGAAGCUGUGUGCUGCCCUGACCGAGUCGGACCCGGACCUGAGUGACAAUGUCCUGCAGUUUUUUGCUAAGAGUUUCUCCUCCUCUCCCAUGAAUGUAACAAGAGAAAUCUACACCAGUUUGGCCAAAACUGUGGAGUCAAGUUUCUCAACUCACAGGCUGAGUUUCCCAUCAGGCUCCACGGUCAUGGACAUAAACAGACCUGAGGUCAGCCGUCUCCUGAAACAGAUCCGACUGAUGAACGACUUUCAGAAGGAGGUGACGACUUUUUGGAUCCGUCAUCCGGAGAAAUACAUGGAGGAAGUUAUUGACAGCACGUUUUCCCUGCUCUGCUUCCAUCAUGAACACGGUUCCUCUUCCUCUGCCAGUGAAAAAGUCCUGGAACCAAUUCACCUGCUGGCCUUACUGGACAUUAAAGCCACCUGGUUUAACAAAUGGAUGCACGGCUACUACAGCAGGACUGUGGUUCUGAGGCUGCUGGAGUGGAAGUACAAGUCUCUGGUGGUUGCUGCUGUUCAGCGCUGUAUCCAUUAUGGUGAAUCCUGUGAACGCCUCUCAGAUCAGCCCACAAAUCUCCAGUCAGCAGAGCAGCAGCAGCAGAACAGUGCUCAGAGGAGUGUUUACUCGGGGCAGGAGUUGGAGUACGCAGCCUUCGUCCACUCUCUGUGUUUCUUGGGAAAACUCCUCAUUUACACCAACGGAAGAAAACUGUUCCCAGUCCGAGUGCGGAAACACAAAGAUCCGCUCAGCCUCACCGACCUGCUGGUCAUUCUGAUUCACAUCCUGUACCAACAGCCCCGGCCUCUGCCCUCUGAUGCCUCACACACAGUGUCGCUGUCGCCCAGCAGUCUGGUGAUGGAGCUGCUGUGGAUGCUGUGUGAGACCACGGAGGGUUCGGCUCAGUGUCUCUACCAGCCUGCUGUCAUAGAAACACUGCUGACUCCUGUGGUGGCUGUGCUCAGUGGACAGCAGUGCAAAUUGAAAUCUCCUGCAGCGACGCUCACUCUCAUCGCUGACAUCCUGGCUCGCGUUGCCAACACAGACAGAGGGUUAGCUCUGUUCUUAUACGAGAGGAACGUCUUCAGCACGCCGCACGGCGAGAGGACCACUGCUGCUCUGGUCAUCGUCCACUUCACCCUGAAGCUGCUGAACAGGGAGCUGCCGACUCUCAGCGACUCCGACUCCUACUCCACGUUAUGCGGAGCGUUUAUUUUUGUCUGCAGGCAGAUGUACAACACCUGUGAGGGUCUGCAGGUCCUCAGACCCCACGGCCUGCACGAGGCGGUGGCUGCAGCCUGGAAAAAGACCAGCUCCUUGUCAGAGAGGAUCCCGACACCAGUACCUGGAGCCUCUGUGGGAGGGUCCACACAGAAGCACCAGGACAUGCUCGUCUGGGAGGAGACCUUGUUGGACAGCCUGCUCAACUUUGCGGCGACCCCUAAAGGCCUGCUGCUGCUACAGCAGACCGGGGCCAUCAAUGAGUGCAUCUCCUACAUGUUUUCACGCUUCACUAAAAAGCUACAGGUGAGCCGCUGUGAGAAGUUUGGUUACGGGGUGAUGGUGACCCAGGUGGCAGCCACGGCUCCUGGUGUGGUGGCCUUACAGCGAUCAGGUUUUGUGAGAGCUCUGGUCGUAGAGCUGUGGUCAACUCUGGAGUGUGGGACUGACGACGUGAGGGUGGUCCGGCCCAAGCCAACGCCCAUGGACCCCGUUGACAGGAGCUGCCAUAAGUCCCUCCUGUCCCUGGUGAACCUCCUCUCGUCCUCACACUCGGUCUGGGAGCUGCUGUGUCAGCAGCCGCUGGCCAACAAGAGCGACUACACCCUGAGAGAAAUACCCACCUCCAUCCCUGAUCUGAUGGACCGACUGAUUUCUGUGAAUUCUGAUGUGAAGAUUCACUCUCUCUUCCACUACGAGCAGUCUCACACGUUUGGCCUGAGACUGCUCAGCGUGCUCUGCUGUAAUCUGGACUCCUUCCUGCUGCUGGAGAGCCAAUACAACAUCUGCUCCCUGCUGCUGCACAGUCAGAGGCAGAACGUCACCGAGCCAGGCACCAAUCACGGGUCCAUCAUCAUCGAUGGUCUAUCAGUGGAGAGGAACCACGUACUGGUCCGUGUCUGUACGGUGGGAGGUCCGUCCGAGAGGAGACUUCCUCCUCGGGCCCUGCAGCAGGGGGAGGAUCCUUACCCCUGGCCUAUGUUUUGCAGCCUCCCCCUCCCACACUGCUACACCCUGGAGCCCCCACGGCUCCGUCAGCCCUCAGCAGAAUCUGAGAUGAGUUCAUUUCUGCUCAAAUCCAAGGACGUGAAGACUGACGACAGCUGGAUGGUGACCUGUCGCAGGCUCUUCUGCAGGGUCAUGACCUCCAAACCUGACGUCCUGACAGGAAAAGUCCUGGCCGACCUUCUGGACGUGGUGGUGCUCCAUCUUUCCAGCUCAGAGUGCUUCUUCUCUCCAGCUCAGUACAAAGUGGAGGACAACAGCGUCAAGACGACAGUGUUGACGCCUGUGGAAGAGCUGGGGAUCGACACCUGUCUCAGGUACGGCAGAUUCCUGAAGAUCCUGACGGACGACUCUGCCCAGGAUUUGAACCUGCUAAUGAAACACCUGAAGGUCUUCUUGUCCACUCACAGAGUGAAGUCUUCUCCUCCACAGCUGCUCACACAGCGGGACAGUUACCCUGGACAUGAUUGGCUGGCCGCCACGGUGUUCCUCCUCAUGUCCUCAGACCUGGACAAGUCCCUGAGGUUUUUACUCGGUCUCUCGUCUCUGCUCGCUUCUGCCUUCCUCUGGCCUGCGGGGGUACAUGCAUCGUGCCGUGUUCCUGCAGCUGCUGACUCAGGAAUCUCCCCCAUGUACUGGUGCACGGCUCACUACGUGGAAAUGCUGCUGAAGACUGAGGUUCCUCUGGUGCACUCUGCCUUCAGGAUGUCUGGCUUCACGCCGUCGCAGUCCAGUGUACAGUACGUCUGUGGUGGCUGCNNNUGGAACUACCUGGACUGGAGGGAGGUCUGCCACUACCUGUCCACCUGUGUGCUGAUGGGCGCCGACUACCAGGUGUACGUGUGUGUGUCCGUCUUCAAACACCUGCAGCCUGAGAUCCUGCAGCACACACAGUCCCAGGAGCUGCAGGUCUUCCUCAAGGAGGAGCCGAUCCAGGGCUUCAAGGUCGGCGACUACCUGGACUUUAUGGAAGGACUGGAGAGGAGGUACAGAGAUGUGGUUCUCACCGACAUGAGGACAGUACCAGACAACGUCAGUUAGACCACGAACAGGACGCAGACACAGAAGGAGUUCACUUUCCCUCUGCUGCUGCUGCUGCUGCUGCUGAGAGAUGGAUGAGCGACAUCUGACCUGGUUCUAUAACAGAUGUCUGCAGAGUGUGGUCCAGACUGAGGGGCAGGGACCGUGAACCAGUCUGACAUCAGACAAAGUCAGGAGUUCUGCUCCUAUUAAUUGUAGAUUUGACAAUCAAACUGCCGUGGUGACAGGAUGUUUGAAUGGAAGUCAAUCCUUGUGGGUUCAUCGUGGCGUUCCGUGUACGUCCUCGUUUGAGUCCCGUCUGCUCCCUCUCCUGGCAGAACGUGACAUCUCGUCCGUUCCCUCCCGCUCUGUCCUAUUCCAGUCUGGUCCACGUGUGUUUCUUUGGGCUGUUUUGCAGCCUUUAGACUGAUUGCGUGGAAACGAACUCUCUGACUCCUGACGUUCCUCGGUGCGUGUGUCUGAAGACCCAGGAUGAAAGUGAGGUUCAGCUGUAAUUGCUGCUCCUGCUUUAACUCCACGUCCAGGUUGAUAAUAGAAAUGGAUUUUCUUCUUUCUAAGUCCCUCAAAUCCCUCGAUGCUUUUCUUUCAUUCCUUCUAUUUUUUUUUUUUUUUCAUCUUACCAACCAGCUGUGAAUAAUAAACGGAGCUGUCACUC